ACCCUGCCCCUUCCAUACCCGAAUGGCUGCUGCAGGUCUCCAUGUAGGACGAUCUGACACUCCGAUGAUGAGUAUGGGGAAAAUGCAGAUGGGAGAGAGAAUCGUGGAUCACGCCAUUGAGAUUAUUUGCCUGCUGACUGGAGAGGUGUCAUUAUGUCAGCAACUGGCAAAAUUAACUACUGUGAACCACGUGAACAAGGAUUGCUCCCAAAUGAACAAGAUGAUCGUGAAACACGCACAGCAAAUCAUCAGUUUGGUAACCAGAGAGAUCCCAGUAAAAUGUGGGGAUGUUGCUGUUUAUUUCUCCAUGGAUGAAUGGGAAUAUAUACAAAGUCACGAGGCACAAUGCAAGAAUGUUGUAGUAGAAGACCAGAUCAUUAGCACUUUGACAAUUACAGAAAGUAGAAGUCCAGAACACUGUGAUGAUGGUCUGUCACUACAAUCUGCUGGGGUCAAGGAAAGAUCUUUAGAUGAUGAUCAGCAAUUGGAAGUUGACCCAGACAGCCCUGAAGUUGAAAUGGAUACUGAAAGUGUGCCGGGUGAUAAACCAAUAGAGGAUCAAUAUGUGAAGUGUCUAGUAGAAGAUCUCAAGCAGGAAAUUUGUAUAAUCGAUGACCCUGCUCAUUUUUCUACAGAAGAUAGUUCCAUGAGCAGGACUAUGUGUGAAGAAUCCCAAACAUCCUAUACUGUAGAUACAGUAGCUGAACAAGAUACCAAUGGAUCUCAAAUAUCUCAAGAAGACGCCUCUGAAGUCUUUUCACCUAGUGGUUCGGGAGCCUUUGGUAAUAGCAGUCUCACCUACCCAGAAGCAUCUAACCACUGUGAACAAAAUAUUUUUACUCUCGCUGAGAAUUAUUUCAGCAGCAACAGUACAGCAGCAUUGGAUUUAUCUGUUCAGGAGAAAAUGGGCCGAAAGACCAGUUUUAAAAGGGAAUCUGCUCUGACUGCUCAACAGUCCCCAAGUAAAGUAGCCAAACCUUUUAGGUGUGAUGAAUGCGGGAAAGAAUUUGAGUACAAUUGCCGUCUGGUUGUACAUAAAAACACACACACCGGCCAUAAACCCUACAUGUGCUACGAAUGUGGAGACGUCUUCUUCUCGAAAGCAAAGCUUGUUGUGCAUCAGAGAUCGCACACCGGUGAAAAGCCCUUUGUCUGUAAUGAAUGUGGCAAGCAGUUUGAAUAUAAAUGCCGUCUUAUCGUACACCAGAGCUCACACACUGGCGCCAAACCAUACAAUUGCGAGCAAUGCGGAAAGCAGUUUGCAUCUAGACCCAAUCUUAUUGUCCAUCGAAGAUCACACACUGGAGAGAAACCUUUUAAUUGCAACCAGUGCGACAAAACGUUUGCAUACCAGUGUCGCCUUCUCGUCCACCAGAGGACACACACAGGGGAGAAACCGCACAUCUGCAUUCAGUGCGGGAAGCAAUUUGCCUCUAGGGCUAGUCUUAUCAUUCAUCACAGAACGCAUACUGGCGAAAAACCAUAUAAAUGUAAAGAGUGCGGUAAACAAUUUAUAUCGAAUGCUUAUCUAUCUGAUCAUAUGAGAAUACACACUGGAGAGAAACCAUACGAGUGCAAAGAUUGUGGAAAACAUUUUCGCUCAGAGCCCAACCUUGUUAUGCACAUGCGUAAGCACUCAGCGGAAAAACCAUUUAUUUGCAAUGACUGCGGAAAGAUUUUCAACUUCAAAUGUCGCCUUCUUGUUCAUAUCCGAUCACACACGGGGGAAAAAAACCACCGUUGCAACGAAUGUGGGAAACUGCUGGCUUCGAGAUCAACACUCCUUUCACAUCUCAAAACUCAUUCUGACGGAAAACUGCACAAGUGCGAGGCCUGUGGGAAACGCUUUUUUUCAGAAGCUCAACUUGACGAACAUUCCAGAACGCACACGGACGACAGGUAUCACAAGUGUAAAGAGUGCGGUGAGCGCUUUAUUUCCAAAGCUAGACUUAUCAGACAUCGGAAGGUACAUUCUACAAGUGCUAUAAAACCGAAUAACUCUAAAGUCGUUUCUCUUAGAGAAAAAAGGAAAAAAUUCACUUAAUUUUAGGUAAAAGUUCAUAUUUUAAAAAUGUUUUCCUCAUUUAGGUUUACCUUGUCUUCCCAAGGUGUUACAUGCUCUGUUUGCAUAUUUAUGUUAUUUUUUUCUCUGAUAAUUUCCCGUUUAUGUUUAACAUUAAAUGGACCCUAUCGCCUACGGAGCAGAAAUGUGGAAGAUGACAUAUUGUCUAUAAGCACUGUUGGCAGAAGGCGUGCAAGUGUAUAGUGUGAGAGAAAAGGGGGGUGUCUUUCAUGUUUUUUCCUGCGUCCUGUGCAUUUUGUGUUUCAAAUGAAAGAAUAGUUAGCGCAGGGAAUUUAAAGCAGAUCUUUCACUUCCUGGAAGUUACAAAUGCUCUAUCAGCACAUGUAUUGCAUGCUCCAGUAUUCCUUCCAUAGUGCAGUAUGCGUGCAUGGUUCUGAAGGUUAAGGUAUUGGACAUGGUGUGCCAUGGGUUUACUGAGACAGCAAAGCACACAAUGCUAAUUUAAUAUAUAAAAAACUCCUUAGAUUUAAAAAAAAAAAAAAAAGCAUGACCCAUAUUUUCUUGAGCAGGUCAUCGUGACAGUUCCACUUUAAAAGAAAGAAGAGGAAAACAUGCUUUCUGGGAAAUGACUGCUAAAUCCUCAUCCACCAAGCUUUAAAUGUCUCCUGUAACAAUCCUUCUGUAAAGCGUAUGGGAUAUGCUAGAAUUCUAGCCGUAACUGACAGCACGGGGCCUUUCUAAGAGCUCUUUCUGGUAGCUGUUGCACUUCUCGCUCAGAGAACCGUUCUCCUAUAUUACUGGUGCUCAAUGAUAGGAAAAACUAUUUACCACCUUAAAAAUUGAUAUGAUAAGAAAUCACUGCUGUGGUUUAUUCAAGGGUCACAUUCUGUGUGAUUACCAAUAGAGUAUUUAUCAUUGUUCUAACUGUUUACAGUCUGCUCCAGUUCUCUGUAGUCACUUGCAGCUUGUUUUAUGUAAUCUAAAGAUCCAAGUGUGGCCACAGGUUCUGAGGGCAACAUACAAAAGUGUAUUAACAAAAAAUAAACUGUAUUAAACAAAAAGUAAAACGAAAGCAAAUACAAAGAAUAAUUGGAUGUAACCACUAUAAACCCAAAACUUGCAGAUCACAUAUGUAGCAUAGUGAACCCCAAUGUAAUAUCCUGUAUCUCCAACAGAAUUCACAGGUCUUCAUAAAGGUAA